GGAAACGAGCUUCCACAGAACUCAGAAAUGGGCGGUCACGACUUGGAAUUGGAGAGAGCUCGGUUGCUAAGUUUGGCUGCUGAACUCGGUUUCGAUGAAGAAUCGGCGGAAGCCUGCUUGGACCGAAUGAUCAAUCUAUACGGUGAUGAUGGGCGGGAAUUUGUCUCUGUUGAGCAUUGUGGAGAUGAUUUUUUGGCGGCUCUUGCGGAGUCCGCUCAAGACAAUGAGGAGUGGGAUGAUUUACAGGCAAUGGAGUCAGAAGCUUGUGGUGCUUUAGAUAUUAUUCUCGAUGUAAAUAUCCAAAAAAAAGAUGGAGUUCGUAAUGAUCACAACAGGGAAAGCUCAAUCUAUAUCAUAGAAGAUUCAUCUGAAGCGGAGGAAAACCCAAAUUUGGUUAACAUCGAUUCUUCCAGUGAAAGUGAUGAUGUAGAAUUCAAUGCUUCAAAGAAGAGAAAUUUUGAUUCUACCAUUUCUUAUUGUUCCGAUCGGGCUACUUCCAUACUCACGUCAAGUAAAUACUCUUCAAUAUCAGGGGAUUGCAAAAGCAGCACUACUCGGGGUUCAGUUUCUUCAAAUCCAGGAAAAAGACUGCCCUCUAGAGCUUCAGGGGUUGAGCACAAAACUCUUACUUAUGAAGAGUUACAGACUUUGGAUGAUUUUGAAUUGGCGAAUGUUGUUAUUUUUGGAAACAAAACAUUCCGACCUCUGCAACACGAAGCUUGUAAAGCAGCUGCAUCAAAGCAAGAUUGUUUUAUACUUAUGCCAACUGGAGGAGGCAAAAGCUUAUGUUACCAGCUGCCUGCAACAAUUCAACCAGGUGUUACCGUUGUCGUAUCUCCCCUCCUUUCCCUAAUUCAAGAUCAGAUAGUUACAUUAAACCUCAAGUUUGGAAUUCCGUCAACGUUCUUAAAUUCUCAACAAACUUCUUCUCAAGCAGCUGUUGUCCUGCAAGAAUUGAGGAAUGAUAAACCUUCAUGCAAGCUCUUGUAUGUGACUCCUGAGAGAAUAGCAACACAGUCAUUUUUGGAGAUUCUUAGAUUCAUGCAUUUGAAGAAACAACUUGCGGGUUUUGUUGUUGAUGAAGCACACUGUGUAAGCCAGUGGGGGCAUGACUUUCGCCCAGAUUAUCGAAGUCUUGGAUGUCUUAAGCAAAAUUUCCCUGAUGUCCCAGUGAUGGCACUGACUGCAACAGCAACACACUCAGUUCGUGAGGAUGUAUUAAAAGCUUUAAGAAUCCCUCACGCACUCAUCCUUGAAAGAAGCUUUGACAGGCCUAACCUGAAGUAUGAAGUAGUGUGCAAGACAAAAGAGCCUCUGAUGCAGCUUGGACAGCUCAUAAAGGAUCGUUUCAAGAAUCAGUGUGGAAUCGUUUAUUGUCUUUCAAAAAGUGAAUGUGUAGAGGUAUCAGAAUUUCUAAAUAAAAAAUUUAAUACCAAGGCAGCGUAUUAUCAUGCUGGUUUAGCUGCUCGCCAAAGAGUUUUGGUUCAAAAGAAAUGGCAUGUGGGGGAUAUCCAGAUUGUUUGCGCUACAAUUGCCUUUGGCAUGGGUAUAGACAAGCCAGAUGUUCGGUUUGUUAUCCACAAUACAAUGUCAAAAUCAAUAGAAAGCUAUUAUCAAGAAUCAGGAAGAGCUGGAAGGGAUGGUUGUCCUGCUUCAUGUAUUGUCUUGUACCAAAAAAAGGAUUUCAGCCGAGUUGUAUGCAUGUUACGUAAUGGUCAAGGAUUCAAAAGUGAAAGUUUUAAGUUGUCAAUGUCUCAAGGAAAGAAAAUGCAGCAAUUCUGUGAACUUAAGGAUGAAUGUCGGAGACAAAUGUUGCUUCAGCAUUUUGGUGAGUCAUUUGAUCGAAAAGCAUGCAAAAAUGGCUCUAAUCCAUGUGAUAACUGUCUUAAAAAGUCUUCCUGAGCACAUACAUUAGCUGUUAAAGGCUAGAAAUUCUUCCUUCUUGGCUACAAAACUUGCUUGUCCUCAAUCCAGAUGCAAGAGCUCAUGGCUACACAUAUUUCAAGAAGGCAAUUGAGUUGCUGAUUCUUUGGCGUCUAGGAGUCCUCCAAGCAUUGUCUCUCCUACCUGAAGGUGACCUCUUCUAAAUUCCUGCUAACCUUUUUGUAGCUUGGUUUUCUAGCUCUUGAUUAUUUAUUUGGUAUUUUAUAACCCGUUUUGAACCUACUAGUAGUCCAUUGGUGGUACUCUUAGCCUCGAGUGAAUCUUUUAUUUUUC